GCUAAUCUUCACGAAAUUUAUUUGCUCACGUUGUGAAAUUCGUUACUGCUGAUUUUUUUUGUUUGUUAGUCAGUAAAAUUAUUGAACUCAUGAAAUUAUGGAUAAUUCACAAAAACAGUUGAAAGCAAAAUCACAAAUGUUUGAAACAUCAUUAAUACUUGAAUAUGCCAAAUCAAUCGGUCAUGAUAAUGGUCAAGGAGAAGCAUUUAUCGAUUUAAUUGAACAACAAUGGAUACGUAUUGUUCCGGAAAUAUUCCGUCCACAAUUCGCUUUAUUACAGCAAUCAUUUGACGAACAACGUGUCCACGAAGAAUUAAUAAAACCACUUGAAUGUUUUAUUACGGGUACAGAACAAUCACAAGAAUUAUUAGCAAAAUUAAAGAUAAUUUCAAAACCACCACAAAUAUGUGGUCGAGUUUUUAAAUUAGGUGAACCUAAUUAUAGUUGUCGUGAUUGUUCAUCUGAUCCUACCUGUGUAUUAUGUGUUGAUUGUUUUAAAAAUAGUGUACAUCGUCAACAUCGUUAUCGGAUUAGUCAUUCAAGUUGUGGCUAUUGUGAUUGUGGUGAUCCUGAAGCUUGGAAAUGUGAUGCUAUUUGUUCUUUACAUGCUGCAAAAAAUUCAAUAGAUUCUGAUUUAUCGGCUAUUUUAUCAUUGAUGACAGAACAGGAAUUUAAUAAUAUGCUAGCUCGAUUGCGAAUCGUUAUUCAUUAUGUGCUUGAUUAUAUCUAUUUGUUGCUCAAAUGGAAUAGAACAGAUUUGCCAAAACGAUUGCAAUCAUCGCAAUCGGAUAAACAUGAAAUUAAUGGAUACGCAUCUGUUCUUUACAAUGAUGAAACUCAUACCUAUGAACAUGUUACUCAUGCUUUGGAAAAAUCUAUCAAAUGCGAUAAUAAAAAAGCUACGGAUUAUGCUAAUACUGUUGAUCGUGAAGGACGUUGUGUCAUAUUUAUUGGUACGAAAGACCGUUGCGAUACUGUGAAAUCUAUUAUUAGCGAUACUAAUCGAAAGAACGAAGAAAAGGUUCUUGAAGUUAAAGUUCUUUGUAGAGAUCUGGUUGCUCAUCAGACAUUUGUCACCAAAUUGAUGGUUUGGAUAAUGGAAUUAUUGCCAAUUUGUAUGCAAUUUCGUCAGGUGUUGGCUGAUUAUCUUUAUCAGCCUGGCCAUCAUUUUGUUCGGUUUGAUUUUGAAGAACAAUCUUCGAUGGCCAAUUUGAGUUUGUUAGAAAAGAUUAUGUAUUCGGAUACUUGGUUUUGGAAAUCUAUUCGUAUUCUAUGGCAUAGAAUGUUCAUGUCUGGUUUGUUACUUGAUCUAGAGCCAAAAAAACAAUUUGCCCGAUUAUUUACCAGACACUAUCCUCAUUUGUUACAAGAUUUCAUUAAAGAUGAUCAUGAAGAACAUGUAUCGUUAUUAUCGUUAUCUGUACAGUUUUAUACUGUUCCAUCGAUUGCUAGCAUGUUAAUUGAAGAGGAAAAUGCAAUGACAAUUCUAAUCAAUACUUUUCUUGAAUUGAAUUUUCCAUAUCAUCAACAAGGUCGUUUUAAUUUUUCUACAGUACCACACACUCCACCAUUCAAACGAUCCUACCAUGCAUUAAAAGAUUUACGUUAUCUACUAACUCCGAAAAUAUCUGAUUCAUUUAAAUGGAAUGAUCGUAUUCGUGCCCAUUUCAUAGAAAGUGCCGAAGCGUUUGCCAAAUUAUUAAAACGAACACAACAAAUGGAAACAAUGAUACGACAAGUUGUACAACAUAUCGAAUACGAACCUGGCCGUGAUAUGUCAAUGAAUUUUGAAUUUGUAAUUUCCCCUUUAAUUAAAUCAUUUAUCGAUUGGUCAGUAGCAGAUCCGCAAGUAUAUUUGAAAGUUUUCAACAUUUGUUUACGUUUGGCAAAAGAUUCAUUCGAAUAUUAUGCCAAUGGUGGUGAUAAAACAAAUGAGAAUCCAGAGACUAAUUCUCGAUCUAAGACUGUUCUUCGCCAUUAUGCAUUUCGUUCGGCAAUGGUUUGGGAUUAUAAUGUAGGCCGAAAAGAAAUGAGCAUUCAUAUACCUUUAUCGCGAUUUUUGGCUGGCUUAAUGUUAUAUUUGCCAAAAUUUCCAGAUCUCUGGAAUGAAUAUGCUGAUUAUAGCAGUAAUAAUAAUCGAUUGACACCAUAUCGAUUGAACGUCGAAUCAAUGAUGGAAUUAGCUUUAAGAACCCAAGUAUUACUUGGACAAUUUCGUGCUGGAAUGUGGCGUCGAAAUGGCUAUUCUUUCAUCAAUCAAAUUCAUUUCUAUCAAAGCCCUAGUCUACGUGCUACAACCUAUGAUUUGGAUAUAUUGAAUCUUCAAAUCUGUGCUGCUAUGCUUGAUCCAAAUGAAUUCAUGAUACAUGUGAUGUAUAAAUAUUCAGUCAAUGACAUGUUAGAUGAUCGUCGACAUUCACCCAAUGAACGCAAUGAUGAUUCUACUCGACAUCAGAUUACAUUAUUAGAAGAAUUUCUUCGUCUCAUUUAUACGAUUCUAGUCGAACGAUAUACUUUGAGACUUGGUGCAGUCACUGAGGAUGAUUGUUGUAAAAACGAAAUAAUACAAUGGUUAUGCAAAGAAUCAAUGUCCAAUUCAGAAUUAUUUGAACAUCUAUCUGAAGAAAAUUCUGAAAAAAAUGUUGAAGAUUUAAUUUCAGAAGUUGCCGAAUUUCGUCAUUCAUCAUCCACAUCAAUUACUGCUGGUCGAUAUGUUUUGAAAGAAACGUAUCGUGAACGAUUCAAUCCAUUUUUUUACCAUUAUACUCGUCAGGAUCAAUCGGCUGCAUUUGAAACACAAAUGCGAAUUAAGCGUAGUCAAAAGGAAAAAUAUCUAUGUUGUCCACCACCACCAUUGCCCGAUUUUGAACAACCUUUUCAAUCGAUUAAUCAGAUUCUUUUGUGUGAUGUUACUUUAACAUUACUAAAAUGUCUUCUGGAAAAGACGAUCAAUCUCGAAGAUAUUUAUUUUUCGGAUUUUCAAUUUCAAAAAUGUCUUUAUUUGAUUGGCAUAGCAUUGAAUGAAGAACUCAAACAUCCAGAUAGUUUCAAAUUUAGCCAACGUGCCAUUGAUUUCAAUAUCGUUUCAUUAUUGGAACAAUGUUCCAAUCGUCAUAUACUGUCACGUGUUGAAAUGCAUCAAGGUCUUUAUGAUUGGUGUCUUAAUCGUUUCAAACAAGUAAUGCAGCUACAAUCAUCAUCUUCAUCGAAGAUUGAACAGCAAUUAGUCGAACAGAAUUUGAAUUCUACGACAUUUGGACAUCUUCAGGAAGAAGAACGUUUACGGCGACAAAAAUUGGCCGCAGAACGUCAGAAACGAAUCCUACAGCUAAUGCAACAACAACAAUUAUCCUUUUUAAAGGAGAAUGAAAAAUAUUUUGAAGAAAAUCCUGUUGCUAUUGAAAAUAAUAGCGAUGAUGUAUCCAUGGACGACGUGAAUAGUGAAAAUGAUUGCGAACUUGGUGUUGCAUUUGGGAGACAAUGUACUGCUCAUAGUGGAGCAAAAUCGGGUGAUUUAUUUACCUGUAUACUUUGUCUUGAAGAUCAAGAUAUAAAUGCAAACAAUGGUCGAUGUUUACUUUUGGCUGGUUUCAUUCAACAAUCGACUGUUUUGUCGAAGAAUCGAUCGAUUUCUACAUGGAAAGAUACGGAAAAUAUUAAUUUUAUGCUAACAAGAUCAGAUCAUAAUUUCGGUCCAUUCAUAAAUACCUGCACUCAUUAUAUGCAUAAUGAUUGUUUUGAUAAAUAUUUUGAAACCACUAUGAUGAACGAACGUCGUAGAAAUCCUCAUCGUUAUCCUAGAGUUACUUAUGAUCUAGAAAAACGUGAAUUUCUUUGUCCUUUGUGUGGAACAUUAUCGAAUUUAACCAUACCCAUUAUGCCUUCAUUGAAUCAAUCCAUACAACCGGCAACACUUACCACAGAUAUGACCAUGGAUCAAUGGCUUAAUGCAAUGUUGGUUAUAUUACAAAAUUGUAACACAAUCUGGAUCAAUGAUGUCAAUGAUCUGGGCAAAGUUCCUGGAUUUUCUAAAGGUUUUACGCAAUUAAUCGAUGCAUUGACCGAUGACUCAUUGCGACAGACAAUGCAAUCCUUCAAGCAUGAAUAUGAUCUAAAUAGACAUCCAAUGAUUGAUGCGGACACUGUCGAAUCACAACGUGAUACACGUUGUGAAAUUGUGGGCAGUUUUUAUAAAAUGAUAAUCCAAAAAACUAUCUGUCCUGACAAAGCAUUGGCAUCAGGAUUAGAUGAUCCACAUGAUUUGAUCCAAUGUUUGAACUGGUCGAUAUCAUAUACACUUCAAGUAAUGGAACGUUCGAUGCGUCUAAAUGAACUUAAACGUUUAUCAAUGAAUCAGAUGAUCGAUACUCGCCAAUAUAAAUCUUUAAAAUCAUUGAUCAAAAUAGCACAAGUAGAAUCAAACUUUAUGAAUGCUUUGCAUCAACGUCGCGUGUUUCUAUAUUUGAUGAAUUACCUGCUUGUCACAACCGUUUAUCAAUCGAGUCCUUAUCAUUUGUUAGAUGUUGAUGCAUUUACAUUAUUGGUUUCAUUAGUGAUAACUGCGCCUUCAUUUUUCAUUGAUGAUUUGCCUAAUAAUCGAUCUAAUCGUCUUUGGGUACAUCACCAAGAUGAUCAGACAAAACAACCUAAAAAUUUCAUAAUGCCUAUUGGCAAUAAUUUUGAGUGUAAUAUUAUUGAAUUGAUGUUAACUUAUCAUAUUGUACAGAUUGUAUUGACCAAUGAUAAUUUAGUCGAUGAUAACACAACCGAACCAAUGGAUGUUGAUGGCAGCGAAAUUAAACCAUCACAAUCAAAAUCUAAUGAUGUAGAUGCUGAUUCAAAAUUGAAUUUGUCUAAUAAUUCUUUGUUAGUGGCUUCGUUUUGUAAAGACGUACUGAUGGCCGCUGGUCAUAAAUUUUCUGAAGAUGAAAUGUUGGCUAAUGCAAGCAAAAUCGAAACUUUCAUCAAACAGCGCACAUUGCCGUUUCUUCGAACAACCGCAUUAUUAGCCUAUUUCCUUACAGAAAUUCGAUGGCCAAAACGUUUGCGUAAUCAAAGUAAAGAUGAAAAAAUCCCUGUGACAGUCGAAUAUGAUAUGUUGUGUCGAUAUCUAGCCAUCGAACGCGAUCUCGGUUCAUUAUUGCAAUCAACCAAUCUACGUCAUUUGUGCCUGAUUUGGACAAGACACCCUAAAAUAUCGACAUUGUUCGAACAAAGAACUGCUAAUACUGUUCGUACAUGUUUGACCACUUCUAAUGCCUACCUACGACAGCCUCAUGAAAUCAAUCGUUUGGUAACAUUACCACACGAUUUCAGUGAUCUCAUAAAUUCAAUGGUAAAUUUUACUUGUCCUAAUUCGAAUGGCGGUGAAAGUCGAUGCCCAACAAUGUGUUUAAUAUGUGGGAAAAUUCUUUGUUCGCAAAAUUAUUGCUGUCAACAUGGUAAAAAACCGGUGGGUGCCUGUAACUAUCAUUCAAACCAUUGUUCUGCUUCGACAGGCAUCUUUCUACGUAUACGUGAUAACAAGAUACUUUUAUUAAUAUCAAAAAGUCGAGCCAUAGGUUGUUAUCUAGCAUCACCAUAUGUGGACAAAUUCGGUGAAACAGAUUUUGGUCUAUAUCGUGGUCAUCCAAUGUUUCUUUCGGAAGCAGCAUAUGAAAAAUUAUAUAAAAUGUGGUUUCGUCAUGGUAUACCCGAACAAAUUGUUUAUUUAAUGGAAACAUCAAGUUCAUUGCCUAGCAUUAAUUGGAAUAUUAUGUGAUACUCUAAAUUAAGAAUCAUCACUGAUAAAAAAAAAAUAAGAUUCGGCUUUAUUUUAUAAAUAUUA